GGUACAUAAAAAGAGUAGUAGUACAAUCAAGAAAGCAAAAAAACAAAAAAGAAAAAGUGUGCAGCAAUGGCGGAAACAGCAGAAGAAGAAACUCCAAUAGUAAUAAAUGAAGAAGAUGAAGAGAAAAUAAUACAAUAUUAUUCUUCAUUUCAUCUAAUACUUUUAGUUGGUGAUGGAGAUUUUUCAUUUUCUCUUUGUUUAGCCAACUCUUUUGGUUCUGCUUCCAAUAUUGUUGCAUCGUCUCUUCAAUCUCAUGAGGAGGUGAUCAAAAUGUACAAGAAUGGGAAGUCGAACUUGGAAAAGUUGAAAGCUUUAGGAGGAACUGUAUUACAUGGUGUGGAUGCAACUAAAAUGCAGCAUCAUUCUGAUCUUAGGAAUCGGAAAUUUGAUCGGAUUAUUUAUAACUUUCCUCAUGCAGGGUUUCAUGGCAGUGAGGAGAAUAAUCAUCUCAUCCAAAUGCAUAAGAAUCUUGUGGGAAGGUUUUUCGGAAGUGCGAAAAAAAUGUUGCGGGUUGAUGGUCAAAUUCAUGUAACCCAUAAAAUCAGUCCUCCAUACGACCUUUGGGAUCUUGUUGGACUUGGAUCAAGAAACUCCUUGAUUUGUAUCGAUUGUGCUGAUUUCAAGAUUGAGAAUUACCCUGGUUACAACAAUAAGAGAGGAUCUGGUUCCAAAUGUGAUGAGCCUUUUCAUCUGGGUGAGUGCAAUACGUUCAAGUUUAUAUUUAAUCCAUCUCGUAAGAAUGUGCCAAGAACAAAACAAAAGAAACGCUAUUUACAGGCGCCAUCUCAGAGUUUUCAAAAUGUUCCAAACUCCAUAAGUCCUCCGAUUUACUCCCACCAUCCAGCUUAUGUCAGUGACAUGAUUCAUGCCGGUUUACCUGCUAGGUAUGACCCCACAAGUGAAUUUUUCAGGAUCUUUAAGCCGCACAUCAGUUAUAUUCAAGAAACAUUUGGAAGAGUGGACGUUGAUGUUGAACUUUCAGUUCGUCGAGCUAUACAUCAUGGUGCUUUGAUGUUCAGAGACGAGGCCAGGAGGCCCCCCGAAGAUUACUUGGCAAUUUUGGAAGAAUUUCAUUGUUGGAGCCGCUCAAGAAUUACGAGGUUACAACAGGAGCUACAAGAUCUCGAUCGAAGGGUGUUUGAACGACAGGGUAUGGGAUGUUACCCAUAAAUUAUGUGAAUACUAGAUAUGCAUCUCCAAGUAGUUACUGUUUAUUAACUAAUCUAGUUUUGGUGAAAGAUCUUAUUCACAAACAAAUAUUCUGAAGAGUUUGUUUUAUCAAGUUGAAUUCUGUUGCCAAAAUCA